UUGAAGCACUUGAGAUUUUAUUGAUUAAUUGAUUUUUUAUUUUUUUACUUUGUGUCAACCAUCUCUUAGAAUCUGGAUUUGGGGGACUGACUUAAGAUUGGCUGGGAGAAGUCAGUAGGGAACCUCAGGAUUUGUCCAGAAGCUGGGAAGUUUCGUUUGUUUGUUUUUUUUUUUUGUGAGACGAAGUCUUGCUCUGUCACCCAGGCUGGAGUGCAGUGGCGCGAUCUCAGCUCACUGCAAGCUCCGCCUUCGAGGUUCACGCCAUUCUCCUGCCUCAGCCUCCCGAGUAGCUGGGACUACAGGCGCCCGCCACCAUGCCCGGCUAAUUUUUUUGUAUUUUUAGUAGAGACGGGGUUUCACCGUGUUAGUCAGGAUGGUCUGGAACUCCCAACCUCAGGUGAUUUGCCCACCUCGGCCUCCCAAAGUGCUGGGAUUACAGGCGUGAGCCACCGCGCCCGGCCGGAAGUUGUAGUUUUUAAACCAGUUGACUAGUACAGGUGUACCCAAGAGUUUCUCAAAAUAAGAGUUACCAGCACCCAAAAGUUACAGUCAUCAGCCAGGGCCACAAUUCUCUGCUCAGCUCCUCCUGCUGUUGUUCCUCUCUUCCCGAGCCGUUCUCUGACUUUGAGAGCCUCUGCCUGUCCACAGGCCUAGUGUAGACCUCUCCUUCGAGAUCUGUCAUUUGGGAGGUUAUUAUAGUAGAUGGUGAUAUGGGUUCAGGGCAGCUAGUUUGCAGUUUAGAAUCUCUGCCAUGUACUGAAGCCCAAAACUAUUAAACUGAGUAUACAAGAAUGUUUUGGUGCUGCCCUGGCUUCUUGGCUCUACCUUCUUAUCUAAUCUUAGUUGUCAAUGAUUUCAAGAGCAAACAGCCAAGGAAGCCUGAAGACCAACAAGAAACUUUGAGCAGACCUGGCUUGCAACUAUUUAUAAAUUAAUUUUGUUAUUCCUUCUUUCCUAUAUAUGUGUAGUUCCAUGAAUUCUACUUUGAACUGGUUAUAACAUCUUACUGGUUCCCUCAUGAAUGAGUUACAUAAAAAUUUUGAUAUGUUUUCAUUUUAUGUUGUAUGAAAGGCAUGAUUUUUACCUCUGAAAGUAUCUUUUAACAUUAGGUACAUUAUAUGCUAAGUACUUGUCUAGAUACUUUAUGUGUUUAUUUUGCAGACACACAGAACACAUUUGUAUAUGCCAGGUGCUGUUUUAAGUGAUCUAUAAGUAUUAACUAAUUCAAUCCUUAGAAUAGGACUAUGUCAUUUAAACUUCUCUUCAGCUCUUAUUAUCCCUAUCUUAUUAAAUGGAGGCUGAGAGGCCCAAGGUUGUGUUAUUAAAUUGUAGGGUCUGUGUGAGGCUGAGGCAACUGCCCUCCCCAGAAGACACUGGGAGCUCCCUGCUAGGGACUAAAUGUUUGUGUCCCCUCUGCAAUUCAUAUGUUGAGACCCUAACCCCCAACGUGAUGUUAUCAGGCAUUUGGCAGAUAAUUAGCUACAGGUGAGGUUAUGAGCAUAGGCCCCCAUAAUGGGAUCUGUGCCCUUAUAAGAAGUGACCAGGAAGCUUGCUCUUUCUCUGUCUCCAACAUGAAGGUGUCCUUCUGCAAACCAGGAAGAGGGCCCUCACCAGGAACUGAUUGGCCAGCACUGUCAUCUUGGACUUCCCAGCCUUCAGGACUGUGACAAAUAAAUUGCUAUUGUAAGCCACCCAGUCUAUGGUAUCUUUGUUAUAGCAGCUUGAGCCAAGAUAUACCCUCUAAUGGUGCUGUAGGAUGGGGUGAGGAAAGGCCCCCAGCUCUGUUUUUUGGGAAGCUGCAUCUUUAUUUUUAUUAUUUGUUUGAGACAGGGUCUCACUUUGUCACCCAGGCUGAAGUGCAGUGGAACGAUCUUGGCUCACUGCAGUCUCAGGCUCCUGGGUUCAAGCAAUCCCCUUGCCUCAGCCCCCUAAGUAGCUGGGACUACAGGCACGUGCCACCAUGCCCUGCUAAUUUUUGUAUUUCUUUAAGAGAUGGGGUUUUGCCAUGUUACCCAGGCUGGUCUCGAACUCCUGAGCUCAAGCCAUCUGCCCAUUUCAGCCUCCCAAAGUGUUGGGAUUACAGGCAUGAGCCAUCCUUCCAGGCCAGAAUCUGCAUCUCUAAAGAGCAGAUUCUCCUGCCUCAGCCUCCUGCGUAGCUCCUCCUUCAUGCCACCAUGCCCAGCUGAUUUUUUGUAUUUUUAGUAGAGAAGGGGUUUUACUGUUUUAGCCAGGAUAGUCUUGAUCUCCUGACCUCGUGAUUCACCCUCCUUGGCCUCUUAAAGUGCUGGCCUCUUAAAGUGUGAGCCAUCGCGCCCGGCCGGUUUAUUUUUUUAAAAAUGGCUGGGCACAGUGACUUGUGGCUGUAGUCCUAGCUACUUGGGAGGCUGAGGCAGGAGGAUUACUUAAGCCCAAGAGUUGGAGGCUGCAGUGAGCUAUGAUCGUGCCACUACACACUCCAGCCUGGGUGACAGAUCAAGACCCUGUCUUAAAAAAAAAAAAAAGUAUGAUUAUUAUCAGAGUCUCUAGGUGACAGUGAGAGGCAGCCUGGUGCAGGGGAUAGGGCACAGUUGUAAUCUGCUAGACUGGGUUCAAAUCCUAAAUCGGCCAUUCAGAGCGUGAAUAAAUUAGAACUGGCUUAAAUUAGCAUUUAAAAUGUCAACAGGAUUAAGUAAGUACUUUCUUCUCACUUUUUCCACAGGAGGUGAGAAAGGUCUCAGUAAGGCCCUGGGAGGGAAGGGCGUGGGGAUGAAAGGGAUCCAGAGAGUCUGUGCAUUGGCAGAGAAGAUAGUGUAACUGGCCCUGCGGCUGGAGGGCUGGUCCCACAGUGAGCUACAGCCCUGCCCGCUGGCCGUGGGAGAGGCUUAAAACAAACGCCGGAAGCAACUCCCAGCCCCAUAAAGAUCUGUGACAGGCAGCCCCAGACCUGCCUGCCUUCCUGACUUCUGUUCCAGAGCAAAGGUCAUUCAGCCGCUUGAAUCAGCCUUUUCCCCCCACCCGGUCCCCAACUUUGUUUACCCGAUAAGGAAGGUCAGCAUUCAAAGUCAAGAAGCGCCAUUUAUCUUCUUACCCUGCGCUCUACAAAUAGUUCCGUGAGAAAGAUGGCCGGGAACUCGAUCCUGCUGGCUGCUGUCUCUAUUCUCUCGGCCUGUCAGCAAAGUUAUUUUGCUUUGCAAGUUGGAAAGGCAAGAUUAAAAUACAAAGUUACGCCCCCAGCAGUCACUGGGUCACCAGAGUUUGAGAGAGUAUUUCGGGCACAACAAAACUGUGUGGAGUUUUAUCCUAUAUUCAUAAUUACAUUGUGGAUGGCUGGGUGGUAUUUCAACCAAGUUUUUGCUACUUGUCUGGGUCUGGUGUACAUAUAUGGCCGUCACCUAUACUUUUGGGGAUAUUCAGAAGCUGCUAAAAAACGGAUCACCGGUUUCCGACUGAGUCUGGGGAUUUUGGCCUUGUUGACCCUCCUAGGUGCCCUGGGAAUUGCAAACAGCUUUCUGGAUGAAUAUCUGGACCUCAAUAUUGCCAAGAAACUGAGGUGGCAAUUCUAACUUUUUCUCUUCCCUUUAAUGCUUGCAGAAGCUGUUCCCACCAUGAAGGUAAUAUGGUAUCAUUUGUUAAAUAAAAAUAAAUAAAGUCUUUAUUCUGUUUUUCUUGAAA